GCUCUGGCACCGGUCGGAGCUAGAGGAUAUGGAGGCGCCACGUAGUUCACCUGGAAUAAAGUGGGAGAGAUAAUGGGGAAGAGGAAAGGACUCCAAAGAAGCAAAUAAAGUAAUGGGUGAGAACCAACGAGGAUUCAAAAGAAAAGAGCGUAGGAAUUACAGGCAAAUGGUUUUUGUAUUUUUCACACGGUUGGUUUUUCGGUGGGGAGAUUAGGAGAUAUUUGUUUGUAUUUUUGUGGAGAAAAAAAUGUUGGGAAUUUAUGAGGCUGUGGAGGCUUUGUCGUGGGAAGUGCAGUGUAAUGAAUGAAAUAUAGUUUUGAUAUGUAGUUUGUGGUCUGCGUCUCAAGUCUGGUCUGGUGCAGUGCAGUAACGAGACAGCGGCAUCAGUUCCUCUAGUGGUGGUUCUGAUACUCUCUUUCUGAUAGAUAUAUUUUUAAUCAUUAUUUAGUGGGUUUCUUUCCAGAGAGAGUUGAACCUUAACUUGCAUGCUCAAGAGUUGAUUUAUGUUUCUCGAUUGGAAGAAAAGUUUGAUAUAAAUCAUCUUUGUGUUGGGCAGGGAUUUGUUUUCGUGUUGAGGGGCCUGAGGUGUUUGGCUUAAUCCAGUUGCUUAUUUACGUCGCCUGCUUUUGGCCGCCGAAAUGCAUUUUUGAUUCACAAUGGUGAUGGUAGGAGUGAGAGAAUACUGUAGAAGUGAGAGAAUUGCCCCUUUUCUUGGUUCUGUAUGUGCUGGGCUUCAUGCAGCACCCAUAGGUGGAUGACAAUGGAGGGUUCGUCCGAGUCUGGUUGGCACAAGUCGGAAAGUUCUAGGGGCUUAAGUAGGUUGAUUCGUGCCAACAGAAUCAGCUUUUCAGGAGACGAAUCACGUGAAUCUGGGCUUAUACCGGAGGGAGAGGAGAGCAAUCGAAUUGUUCUGGCUCACACUGAUCACUUCAAAACCCAGGUUGACUUUUCUGGGGUUUGUGAGGAUGAGGUCGCGGCCGACCCUUUUGUUCGAGCUAUAGAAUGGGGUGAUGUGAGCUUGAGGCAGUGGCUGGAUAAACCAGAAAGAUCGGUUGAUGCAUUUGAAUGCUUGCACAUAUUCAGGCAGAUAGUGGAGAUAGUUAACAUGGCACACUCCCAAGGAAUUGUUGUUCAUAAUGUGCGGCCGUCGUGCUUCGUCAUGUCCUCUUUCAAUCAUGUUUCCUUCAUUGAAUCUGCGUCUUGUUCCGACUCGGGUUCUGAUUCUCUCGAGGAUGGGAUGAACAACCAGACUCUGGAGGUGAAAGGGUCAUCCUCGCUCUUGCCAAAAGACUCGCAUCGGCAAGGAAUCGCGUUAAGAAGUGAAGACACAAGACCCGAGGUAACUCCAGCAAAUGCUUCCCAGAUGGAAUCUGAAACCAGUUGCGCUUUGCAGUCGAAUCCAGUCUAUGCAACGUGUGUAUCAUUUGUCGAGCGGAGAGAAAUCAAAGAUAGCAGGAGUGGAGAAGAAAAUGAAGAAAAGAAGCAAGCAUUUCCAUUGAAACAGAUAUUGCUUAUGGAGUGCAGUUGGUACACUAGUCCCGAAGAAGUUGCUGGCGCUCCAAGCUGCUGUGCUUCUGACAUUUAUAGAUUGGGGGUCCUCCUUUUUGAGUUAUUCUGCGCAGUUACGUCAAGAGAAGAAAAGAGUAGAACAAUGUCUAGUAUGAGACAUAGAGUUCUUCCUCCUCAGUUACUGCUGAAGUGGCCCAAAGAAGCUUCAUUUUGCUUGUGGCUGCUGCAUCCUGACCCAAAUAGUCGACCAACAAUGGGUGAUUUGCUACAAAGUGAGUUUCUUAAUGAACCAAGAGAUAAUCUGGAAGAGCGUGAAGCUGCAAUAGAGCUUCAAGAGAAAAUCGAGGAGCAAGAGUUAUUGCUGGAAUUCCUUUUGCUGAUACAGCAAAGAAAGCAGGAAGCUGCUGACAAAUUGCAGGAUACCAUUUCCCUUCUGUCUUCUGAUAUUGAAGAAGUUACAAAGCAGCAAACAGUUGUCAAGAAAAAGGGAGGUUCAUUUUUGGAAUCUGGCAAUGACAAUCAUUCAGCAACAGAUCUUUCUUCUAUAAAUAUUGUCGAAAAUGAUGAUUCUGCUACCUUGAUGGGGUCCAGGAAGCGAUUUAGGCCAGGAGUUCCAAGUCAGAAUGCAGAGGAACUUGAUUGUAAUUUAGAUGAGGGUAAGAAGUCAGAUACUCACACUGAAAAUCAAGAAAGUAUUAUUUCUAAAAGUUCACGAUUGAUGAAGAACUUUAAGAAGCUAGAGUCAGCUUAUCUUUUGACAAGACGCAGGCCCAUCAGGCCCUCUGCCAAACCAGUGGCUAGAUAUUCGCCAAUAAGUAGUAGUGGCAAAGGGUCAGUUGUCAUAACCGAAAGAAGUUCUGUGAAUAAUGCACCAUCAAAUGAGCCAUUCUGUGAGGGUAGAGAAAGUGGGUGGAUAAACCCAUUCCUUGAGGGUUUGUGCAAAUAUCUAUCUUUCAGUAAGUUGAAGGUUAAGGCAGACUUAAAGCAGGGGGAUGUCUUAAAUUCUUCCAAUCUAGUGUGCUCUAUCAGUUUUGAUCGCGAUGGAGAAUUUUUUGCUACAGCUGGUGUAAAUAAGAAGAUUAAAGUGUUUGAAUUUAAUUCAAUCCUAAACGAAGAACAUGAUAUUCACUAUCCCAUGGUUGAAAUGGCUAGUAAAUCAAAGCUAAGCAGUAUAUGCUGGAAUAGUUAUAUCAAGAGCCAGAUUGCUUCAAGCAACUUUGAAGGUGUAGUGCAGGUGUGGGAUAUUACAAGAAGUCAAGCACUUGCAGAAAUGAGAGAGCAUGAGAGCCGUGUAUGGUCCAUCGACUUCUCAUUAGCUGAUCCAACAUUGUUGGCUAGCGGGAGUGAUGAUGGUUCUGUUAAGCUAUGGAAUAUCAAUCAGGGAGUAAGUGUUGGUACCAUCAAAACAAAGGCCAAUGUCUGCUGUGUUCAGUUUCCCUUGGAUUCUGGCCGUUCACUUGCAUUUGGUUCUGCAGAUCAUAGAAUUUAUUACUAUGAUCUCCGCAACUCAAAAAUACCUCUGUGCACACUAAUUGGGCACAGCAAGACUGUGAGUUAUGUCAAGUUUGUAGAUUCAACAAACCUUGUUUCUGCAUCCACAGAUAACACCCUGAAGCUUUGGGAUUUGUCAAUGUGCACUUCUCGGGUUCUGGACAGCCCUCUUCAAUCAUUUACAGGUCACAUGAAUCUAAAGAACUUUGUCGGUUUAUCUGUAUCUGAAGGUUACAUUGCUACAGGCUCAGAAACGAAUGAGGUUUUCAUCUACCACAAAGGUUUUGCCAUGCCAAUGUUAUCAUUCAAGUUCAACAGCACAGACCUAUUUUUCGGCCAAGAAAUGGAUGAUGCUGCACAAUUCAUCUCAUCUGUGUGUUGGCGCGGUCAAUCCUCCACUUUAGUAGCAGCAAAUUCCAAAGGGAAUAUCAAGAUUUUGGAAAUGGUUUAAUUUGGUCAGUACCAUCCAAAAAUAUUCAUGAUUCCAUCAAAAGGUAAAUCACGUCACAUGCAGCACUGCUUGGAGGUUUGAAUAAAGCAAAGGAAAAUCUUGCAGCAGAGGAGCUUGUGUAGCUCAUAUUUGCUCCAAAGAACAGUAUAGCAAUUUGCUGAUGGUGAUCUAACAAAUUUUGGCAUUUAGAUUCAUUGCGGAUGAUGCUAAUGUGCAGAGUGAGAAUGAUUUUGCUCAACUGCGCUGUAAAUAAAGAUUGAAAAAUAGAAAAAAGGAAGGUGAAAAUUGGGUUUAUGUAUAUGUUGUGAUGCUUACCACCCAUUCAUCAUUUUACAUAAUUGUAAGUUAUCUUUAUUUCACCUUUUAUUUUAAUGGUUUGCUUUGGGUGGGCUGAUGGAUCAUCUUCGCCUAAAA